UCCCGACCCUCUCCAUAGGAAUGAUUGGCAGUCACUUGGGGGUGCAAGGCUGUUCAAAUAAAUCCCUGCUCCUUAACCCGGCUGCACCUGCACUUGUGUGUUUGAUAAGGAAAUAUAGGACGAGCAGGCAACUGGCAAACAACUUGACCCCCGCCCCGAAACUGUGGUGAGGCAGAGAAAGGUUGCCCAGCCGACCUCCCGUGCCAGAAAGCACCGGCACGGCGUGGAGAGAGAGGGAGAGGCGCUACUGCAGGCGACACACGGGCUUUUUGCGCGCCAAGAGCCUUCAGAAAGAUGGGGCUCAUUUCCAGCUUUGCCAGCGUGGCUCCUCGCAUUCCCCAGCUAUGGCAGACGAGCAGCAUGCAGAGCAUUCCUGCCUCACUCCAUCCCGGCUCGUCGUAGCUGCAACCAAACCGAGCGGCCGCCUCUUUCUCGUCCUCCCCUUUUGGGCUGACGCGCUCGGAGCGCGACGGGGAGGAGCCAUGUUGGGCUUCGCCCUCCGACUAGGAAGCGGCGCUCACCGGGUAGCAGGACAGGGAGAGAGGAAGAGGAAGGGAGGAAAGGAGGCUGGCGGGGCCGCGGGGAGCGCCUUCCCCUUAUGCAGGCGCCAGCUGAGGCGGCGGCGGAGGGCUUCUCUGUGGCAGGGAGGAGAUGGAGGCGGCAAAGUCAAAGAUGGGCUCUGAGGACGUGCUUCGGCAGACCAGCCGGCUGGCCUCUUCCAGCGCCCUCUUGCAGGUAUCCGUCGGCGGCAGAGGACGGAGGCGAGGCGGUGCUCGCUUAGCCCUAGCCUCGUCCCUUUCCCUGGCUUCUCUUCGGUGACUCGUUUUCAGAAACGCCCUCUCGGCCCAGUCAUGGAUGCCUCUUCCCGCAGUUUGAAUUGCUUGCCUCCUCUGCAAGAGGUUUGCGCAACGGACUCGCUGGCCACCCCUGUGGCUUGGUUGCGUUUGGUUUGCUUGCUUGCUUUUGCGCCCUGUCACCUGUUUCCAGCUCCAAACUAUUAGAUGUGCGUGUGAGAGAGAGACAUCCACAUAUCUUUAUUCCCUCGCAGAAAAGACCCUUCGCCGGCGAUGACACAUUACCUUGCUCAGUGGGUAGACUCAGCUGUUGUUGGACCUCAGCUCCCAUCAUCCCGGACCACUGGCGCAGCUAGCUAGGGAUGAUGGGAGUUGUAGUGCAACAACAGCUGGGUCCUCGAGUCUGAGAAACACUCUGGUAGAGCCUGAGACUCUUAAUCUCAUGGUCGUGGGUUUGAGCCCCACAUUGGGAAGAGGGCUCCUGUCUGGGGGUUGGACUAGAAGUCCCUUGUAUGAUCCUGCGUAGGAUCCACACAUUUGCUUUCCAUUUUGCAUUUGUGGUCGUGGAAGAAAUGAGGCAUGAAUUUUUUGGAGCCGCACCCAAUGGGCGUAUCUCCUCAGACAGUAUUGUCUCUGUACGACAUUGCCAUACUGAUCACACAAGAGUGUUUUUCACCAUAUGUGAACAGGACUAUUGGCUUCCCAAUAGUCUAUUGGACUGUUGGUGUCCCUGUACAAGUACACACAUGUAUAGUAUGGACAUGCUCUAUACAUGGGGUUUGUGCAGCCUCCUUCACAUGUAUUUUGGAGCAUCUUUCACAAAAGUGCCUUCUCUAGGGAUAAGUAGUAUUUGUAAAAUGUUCCUGAGCAUCAAUUUCCCAGCAAUGCCCACUAUUUGUUGUUAGAAUAAAUUCAGAAAGCUGUGAGUUCAUGCGAUUCAGUUAACUGCUUCAAAUAAUUUGUGACUUGUGGCAGAAUAUGUGCAUAGGAGAGAGCUGUUAAUCAACAACACAAAAUUGUGUAAUUUUAGGGCUUUUCCUUAUACAGUGGUACCUUGGGUUUAGUAAUUAAUUUGUUCCGGAGGUCUGUACUUAACCUGAAACUGUUCUUAACCUGAAGCGCCACUUUAGCUAAUGGGGCCUCCUGCUGCUGCCGUGCCGCUGGAGCACAAUUUCUGUUCUCAUCCUGAAGCAAAGUUCUUAACCCAAGGUACUAUUUCUGGGUUUGCGGAGUCUGCAACCUGAAGCGUAUGUAACCUGAAGCGUAUGUAACCCGAGGUACCACUGUAUUCAUGUUUGCGUUCUUUGCUUUCUGUAUGUCUCAGCAUCAAUAAACAGAUUAUUUAUUUAGUGUUUGGUUCCUUGUGUCUGAGUAAGACCUAGGUUAAAAUUCCCACUAGGCCAAUAACGCUCACAGGGUGACCUUGACUUAGUCACCUCUCAGCCAGACCUACCUUAGAGGGUUGUUAUGAUGUUAAUAAUGAGAGCCACGUGCAUCACUUUGAACUCCUUGAAUGAAAGUUGGGUUAUGAGUGCAAUAAUAAAGUGACUUCCAUUUCAGGAAUGCGGUUUUAGAAGCCUCAAGUCACAACCAUAUAUAUGCACACGGUGGAGACCAUUUCCCCCAGGACUAAUGGCAUCAGGUAGAUUUUCACUGGGAUUGCUGCUGGACAGGGAAGGAACAAAUUUCUCCCUAUACUCUUCAGUCCUGAGGAAAAUCUGUUCUUUCCUCACCUGCUCUAAAUUAAAAUCAAACAAACCCUGAUGUGCUUUCAAGUGAUGUUCUAAGUGUCCUGCCUAGCUUGGUACUGAGAGGAACAUGCAUAGAAUUUUUGUAGUUGUGUAGUCUACAUGGCUGUCCUCCCAUGCUCAAAAUUAUUAUACAAGAGAAAAGGUGCCUAUGUUUUCCUAAGUUUGAGUUAUGCUGCUGUUAUACUCUAGGUUGGAAUGUGGGAAGACAGGGCCAAGUUCACACAAAAUGCUAAAUCAUGAUUUAAAGUUGCAGAUCAUGUCCCGCUCCCUCCCAUGUGGCUGGGAGGACGAAUUUUGAUUUUAGUUUGGUUUUGAAGAAUCUUCGCUUAGUGUUACCUAUGAACCAGAGCUUCAGUGGGCCUAGUAUAAAUCUAUCAUAUUGCAGCCUUAGUGCGAAUGGCUGAGGUAAAAUUUGUAUUCAAGACUUCCAGUUUACAUAAUUAGUAAGUUGCUCCUUGAAUCUGAUUUUGUUUACAUGAGUUGAAAGCUGGUGUAAAUUUAUUUCCUGUUUCACUCUAUUUUUAUUUUAUUUUUUACAGAUACUGUUCCGCCUCAUUACAUUUGGGUUAAAUGCUUUUACCCUACGAUAUGUUUCAAAGGAAAUCAUUGGCAUUGUGAAUGUAAGGUAAUAAAUAGUAAUCUGUUUCUUUUAAGGUAUGAGUGAUUCAUGAUUCCAAAUUACGGCAGUUUGUCUCACUAUAUUCUGUUCUAUUUGAUUUCUUUUUAAACCUGGGCAGUGACAAAGUAAAUUACUCCACUUAACUUUUUGCUUGGCAGGGAUGCUGCAAAGAGACAUUUUGAAUGGUUUAGUUGAAUUAAUGUCUGCUGUGUUGUCUAAAUGCAAAUUUGAAUUUGUGAUUUGGUUUCUUGGACAAAUGAAUUUCCAUCCUCUAGUAUGCAAAUCUAUAGUACUAUUGAGAGUGCUGUGUUUAUGCAGUAGUUUAUGACUUGGGUGGAGAUUCAGUAAUUUUUAGUCUUUCUUGAAAUAUGAUGUGUGGUGUGUACCUCUCUGAUUUUUAUUAUAUUCUCAUGGUGUUCUUCUGGGGCGGGCAUUCCAAUUCCACCAAAUGUUAGUUUUGAAACGUACAGUAUAUCUAUUUUUAUUGAAAAUCUCAUCUGUCUUCCGGACUGCAAAGUUCUCUGGUUUUUCUUUUCUUUUUGCUAGCAGUGAAUUGAAAUAUUGAAGUUGCUUGCAUGCUGUACUAUUCUUAUGUUGUUGCUGCUGUUUUAUCUUGAUGGUACUGUUAUAACAAAGCCAAUAACAAUUUGAACAUAUAAAAAAUAAUUGAUACAAAAUAUACUGCUGAAACAUUUGUCUGUCUGAGGCAGCAGUAUAGUUUUGCAUUUGGUGAUAUGUUACUGUAACUGUUGGCAUUCUCUGCCCCCAACCACUUAUAAGGGGCAAACAAAAUUUGGAUUGGUUAGUUAACCCAAUCUUCUGUGCUGUUUAUUAUUGGAAUUAUUGGAAGUUUUUGUCUCGUUGACAGUUAACCUUGUACUGAAAUUACUCAUUUUCCUUUUUAAAAAACAUUUAGGCUGAUGCUGCUUUAUUCUACAGUUGUUUUCUUAGCCAGAGAGGCAUUCCGAAGAGCUUGUCUGAGUGGAAGUACAAGGAGAAACUGGACCAAAACAUUUAAUCUUUUGUGGACAAUGUAUGUUUAAGUAAGACAUUGGAAUCCUCAAAUUAAUUACUCUCAUUAGCUCACUCAGUUAACCCUUCCCCCAUUUCUCCUCUUAUGUCUAAGUACAUAGUAAAAACAAAAAACUACCAUCCUAAUUUAUUCUGGCAAGGGUUUCACCUGUCAUCCUGGAGUUCAUACUUGCAUUUUCAAAGAUUCAAAGCAGAUGUUCCACUUGCUGUAGCAAGCUUUAUUCCACAGCAGGCAGUGAAUAUAGGAUACAUUGGCUCAUUGGGCAUCCUACAUUUUAAGGGAACAGGUAGGAUGCCUGGAAUGACAGGUGGCCAUCCUAGUUUCAGUUUGUAGCACUUCUGAUAAUCUCAGAAAGGUUAAAUCCUUUCGAAGUGCCUGUUUAAUUUAUUUGAGUUUUACGUGUACUUUUGAAAAGGUAGGGCAGCCUCUUGCUUUCAUACCAUGAAUGAAUCAAAGAGUGAGCACUUUAGUUUUUUGGUUUAGUUAAGGUAGAAAAUGGAAUACUUACCGGUAAAUAACUCAGUGCCUAUCUAAACUGCAAAUGAAAUAUUUGAGCUUAUCUGCUGUGCUGCGUUUCUGGGGAUUUAACUCUUGUUUCAUGAGAAUCCAAUGCAUAUAUUAACUACCAUGUCUACAUGAAGCACAGCUGGGGCUUGAUGUAGCUUCUAAGUCUGUGUGCAAAAAGCUGCCCUAGAUCAAUGUAGUGGUUGGGGGUUUGUCAAAUGGAAAAGUGUAGAUUUCUUGAGGAAUUGGGUAUUUGUAUCGGAAAGUUUUUAAUGUUUUAUGGUGUUUUUAUGUUUGUUGGAAGCCGCCCAGAGUGGCUGGGCAACCCAGUCAGAUGGGCGGUAUAUAAAUAAUAAGAUGGCUGAUGAAUUUCCCAUGCAUUCUAAGGGGUAGUAUAAGUAACUUAGAAGUAGCCUAUAAAUACAGAUGUACAGAAAACAGAUGCACAUAUUUUUGAUGUUGAUUUUAUUUGGACUGCUGGCUUUCAAAACAUAGAACAGAGAAAAGGACAACAUGUGAUCCUGUCUAAAGGACUCAUCUUUUCAACUUUCAUAGAGUCCCCUUGGGCGUGUGUUGGUCUGUAUUCCUGGGCUGGGUCUGGCUAGAUAUACUUGAAGUUCCUGAUGAAAAUGCUGUUCCUUACUACAACUUUGGAGUGGUUGCCUUUGGUCUUUCCGCUGUAAUUGAACUUCUAGGUGAACCUUUUUGGGUUUUAGCCCAAGUACACUUGUUUGUAAGGCUAAAGGUUAGUAAAAUGUAUGCAGCAUUGUUCUUGUUUGGGUUUUUAUUAAUGUGACACACACACACACACACACACACACACACACAUAUGGACUGAUGAAUGAAGCAGUGAAUCUUUUUUUUUAAAAGCUGUUUAGUGUUUGCUUUUAAAAAAGAGCUAGUUUCACUCUAAAUUUGGAGAGCAUGAUGCACAACAAUAAAAUGUUUUUUUCAUUGUCUUAUAUUAAGUAUUGAUUUAGGAGCUGAUAUAAAUAAUUUGUCUGACUUGCACACAAUGCUAAACCAUGGUUCAUUUAACCAUGGUUUAGUGUUGUAUUCAAACCUUGCUCAGCAGCUUAAGUAUGGUUUCUACAUGCCAUACUAAACUUUACCUCUUAUGAAAAUAGCCUUAAUUGCAGAGACUAUUUGUCACUAUUACAAUUAAACAUUCUUAAAGAUGUUUGAAAGGCAAAAUCUGAUCACAGGAUUUUUGAAACCAAUACAUGUAAGAAUUGCCAUUAGGAACAUAGUGUCUAUGUCUAACAUGCUUUUUGUAUAUUCUUUGUAGGUAAUUGCUGAAAGUCUCUCAAUCAUUUGCAAAUGCUUUUUGACAGUUAUUUUAGUAGUUACGUAUCCUCACUGGGGGCUUUACAUCUUUUCUUUGGCCCAGGUAUGAUUUCUGCCAUUAUUACUAUUGUCUCUUUGAUCUGAUACAAUAAUUUUAGUUGAAGAAAUUAACAUUAUUUUUGCUAUAGCUUCCAUGCUUUGGUCCCUUCAGUUUUUCAUGGAUAAAAGCAAUGUUGCAGUCCACACUAUUAGUACCUCUAUCCCAAUAUUAGGCUAGUUUAAGAUAACGUCAUAUCAGGGGCAUAGUCAUACACAAAUGCACUUUUAUUCAACAAAUGUUUACUUAAAAUCGACCCAUUAUACAUGGUUCAUAAGGCUGUUGGGUAGAUCAGUUUAAAGUCAGUUGUAUUUCAGUUAAGCAUAUAAAGAAAAUAUUAUUUUGGACUGUUAGGCUGCAAUGCUUUACUUGCAUACUUUGGUGUAAGCCCCAGUGAAAUGAGUAGACAUAUAUAGAAUUGUGUUGUUAAUUUAGGAGGGAAAAAACUGUAAGAAGUUGACCUUUUUCUGGUCCAUUUAAGUCCCCCACAAAAACUGGUGUGGAAAGGAUCAGGAAUGAACUUGUAAUAGAACUCAUGAAAACCCUGGCUCUUAUUUUUGAGAAUUUUCUUAAUUGUAUUAAUUUGGAUUAAUGGUAAGGAUAAAAGUGCAAGAAGUAACCACAGAGCCUGGAUAGCUCAGCUGGUUAGAGCACGGUGCUGAUUAUGCCAAGGUUGCAGGUUUGAUCUCCGUAUGGGACAGCUGCAUAUUCUUGCAACGCAGGGAUUUGGACUAGCUGAUACUCAGGGGCCCGUCCAGCUCUACAGUUCUGUGAUUCUAUGAACUGCAAUACAUAAACUGAGCAUCAUAAUACCAGAUUGAGCAUCUUUGUGAUAACAGUCAACAGCAUAUUAAGCUCCUCUACAACUACUUGUAUCUCAGUGCUUUGAUUUAGGACUGCACGUCCUUAAAGGCCUUGUGAGAACUGCACAGUCACCUGUGUUCUCUUGAUGAGGUUUCUGCAGUUCCAGCAGUCUGAAAAAGGUCCACUGCAAUUGCAGUUUAGGCAAUGCCCACAUGGAGGCGCUGGUUCAUGCAAACAGUGCCAGUGCUGUGAGGCCUUAAGCCUGGGAGCUGCCAUCAUGUCUGAACUGGAGCUGAGUACUUGGCAAUUGAAUUUUACUGGUAUUUAUUUUGUUGCUGAAGUGGAAAUGCUGCAAUAAAUGGUAUGCUGUGUAGCUAAUGAGAUUUUGUUCUUGCAGCUUCUAUAUACCAGCGUUCUGGUUUCGUGCUAUAUAAUGUAUUUCAUGAUGUUUCUGGGUUCUCCUGAAGCAACCAAAAAAUCAUUUCCAGUUACUCGUAUGAUAUCUGUUUUACCUAAUUUUGGACAAGAUGAGGUAAGUAAAACAGCUUUAUGUUAAAAACCAACUAUUCAUAAUUUUGACACAAGAAAAAAUGAUGAUCAUGUACAGCCAUUGUCCCAAGUUAAUUCUUAUAGUGAAUCUCAUUAUAGGUGGCUUGCUUAGUGGCCAUCAAAUCAGUGCCAUGCUGCCAUUUUCAAAGUCUCUUUAAUAGCAUUUCCCCUGUUAAAUUUUAUUGCCUGGAAAAAAUAAUCCAUGCUUUCAUUCAUACAACAAAUACUUUUCUAAAAUUUCAUACCUCAAAUGGUCUAUAUACAGACUUUGCUGACUGACUUUCAUUUAGAAGCUAUUAUUCCAGUAUAUUUCUAUUUCCAAUAGAGUAGCCUCUCUUCACCAGCUACUCACAAUUUCCCAUAUAUAAUUUAACAAAAGCAUGUGUGGAUUUUUAUGAACAGCAUAUCCCAAUAUUCUUGCAUUACAUUUAUAAGUCUCUACAUAAUUUAUAUUAGUGUGUGGUCCUCUUUUUAGCAUAGCAUAGCUUUUAAAUAUAUGUAUUUAUAUUUCCAAAUUUACAAAUUUCUCUAGAUAUUAAAGUUCCAUGUAAUUGUCGUUUUUAAAAUGUUUUCUUAGAAUGUUAGAUAUAGUGGCUAUUUUGAUUUUCCUACAUCUUUUGCUAUAUCUUGCUGCCAUUUUACCACAGGUAGUGUAAUUUCUUCUGACAAAUUCCAUAAUAAUACAUUAUUUCUGUGAGUCAAAGCAAAAAUGUUUAAAAGAAGCCAACACUCUGGAUGAAAUAAGGUUUUUCUAUAUACACAUUUUUACUCCAUUACGUUAAGCCAAAAUAUUAUAUCAAAAGGAGCUUUACAAACCUUUAUGCUUAAAUUAAUAUUUCAGCUAUAAAAAUACAGUAUCAUCCACAGUAUUUUGAUUAUAUGUGCCAGAUACAUUUAUAAAAGACGACUUGCAUGAAUUGAAGAUGCUGACUCGUCUGGUGCACAAUACAUUCAAUAAAUUGUGGAGCAGAGAUUAAAUUCAAUAUAGUUAAGAAAUCCAUGCAUGAAAAGAAAUAAAGGUCCCGUUUUUCAGCCUCUGUAUCAUUGAAUAUAUUAAGGUGAAAACAGACCUUCUAACUUUAAUGGAACUUGACAUUGCUCGGUUUGCAUAAAGUUUGUAAAACUACUCUGAAAUAUUUCAGAGAGGAAAGGGCUGAGGUGGAAUGAACUACUGUAAACUAGCCUUAUUAAGUAAGAAUACUGUUUCAGCUACUCUAAUAUUAGAUUUAAAAUUUUCCUCCAUAGAAUUCCUAUUUACAUAACCAAAGUAUUACAUUUAAAUCUCCAGAGACUAUUCUUGUCUCAUAGCACAGUAGACAUAUUCGACCCUCUUUUGUCUAUAGCUGAUCCUAGCUAAAUCUUCCUUAGUGGGGAUGGUAUUGCAGGGAAGUGAAAGAAAAUAUUAACAGUGUAUUGUGAUAAAAAGCAGCACACUUGACUUUUAUGAAAAAGCAUAAAUUAUCUUAAAUGGCAGUGAAGUAUAGCUGCUUUGGUUGUUCUGUUAGGAAUUUUGAAAAACAGCUUACAUACUUGUGAAGGAAACUAACAGAGCAGUAGCCAUAACAUUAGAAGGAAUUUCCAUAUUCUGUACGGAAUUAUUUAUAAUGAGUAUUUAUAAGAAUACAUUUCUGAGACCAAGCUGCCUGGAUUACCUUACUAGAAAAAUAUUAAUUGCAGUUCAGAAUAAGAGAAGGAGAGUACAGGUUUACAUAGCAUAUUAGAUUGUAUUCUUGAAUUAUAUAUUUGAUUAGUUAUAAGAUUAAUUGUACCUAACCAGAUCUAUAAUAUCAUGCAGCAGAAAGUUUACCAGUCAAAACUCUAAAUAGCAACAUUUUGCCUUUUUUCUUUCUGCAAAGAAUAUUUCUAAUAAUUGCAUGCUUCUCUCUUUCAUGUACUUACUCAAUUACAGUUGAUAUAAUAAAAUGCAAGCUUCAUCAAAACUGUUUUUCAGAGUAAAGCGUAAUGGUCACAAAAAUAUUGAGAGUGAUCAAAUACCAACAAGCAAUUAUCAUUUCGAAAAGCAUACUUGGCUAGAAACCACUUCAAGCAGACUUUAAUAUCAAUAUUUUUUUGCAUCCUGCCAUGGCAUCAAGGUAUAAUUAGGCAACUGAAAUAAUUUAAAUACCUUUCACUUCAAAAGGCCUUGUCUUACAAAUGUCUGUCUGCUUUGCUUAUCAGAAAGCUGAAGCUUGCUGUUCUGAGAUAUGUGUGUGAGGAGUAUGUAACUGUUCCUAUCUACAAAGUCAAGUGAUUUUUUUAGUUUGUAUUCUUGGUGCAAAAAGUUAUGCUGUGUCUGAUUUGGAUGAUGGAGCACUGGUAUUGGAGCUGAACCAACCAUGGCUUUGAGGCGGUUAGCUAUCGCCUGCCCUAAUUGUGCAGGGAAUUUUGUGGUAGCCUGGAGGGCCACAGUGUAACAACUUGUGGGCUACAGGAAACUUGUACAGCCCUGAGCAGAGAACCAAAAGGUUAUUGGGUUUGUAAUUCUGAGUAGCCACCUCCAGUUACAGAGUUCUCACGGAUGAUAGUAUUGUAUGAACUGAUGCUCCAUGGAUGCAGUUCUGCUGCAGUUGCCGUGAUGUAGCAUCUCCCAAAGUGCUGUGAUUGUAGAAAUCAUGAUAGGAGUUUAUACGUGAAGCCAUUUCAACAUAAUCCUUGCACCUAGAAUAUGUCUCAGGGUGCCAUGUCAAGGUUGUUCACCUGUGCAAACCAGCAAUAGAUAGUAUUACGUGCAAGUUGUACACAGUCAACGGUCAUAUUGAUGUCUUAGGAGUGUUAAUUCCUUCAAUACUUCACAGCAAUUUUUUAUCUAUUUAACUUUCAGGAAUUUGUUAACUGGGAAGAGGCUAAAUUGACUUGGAGUUUCUUUAAGCAAUCAUUCUUGAAGCAAGUUUUAACAGAGGGUAAGUAUGAUAGCCUCUUCCGCAUCCAUUUAGCCCCUCUCUGCAAACACCUACCCCCAAUAUUUUGCGGUUUCCAGAAUUGUUUGUUUUAUAGUUUGGGCUUAGACAGCUAGGAGAAAUGUGUUUGUUGUUGAAAGAUACCAAUUUGGUUUUGCAUAUUCAUUGGAAUGUGAAAGUUGUAGAUAAAAUAUUUAGGAAGGCAUAUACUUACUUUGGGUUUUCUCCUUAGUCCUUCAUGCUGUGGUUUCAUUGUUAAAUAUUCCAAUGUGCACUGAAUGCUUAGUGGAAUUGUGUCACUAUGGUGAAAUGAUGACAUAGUAUGUAUAUAAUAUCGCUUUAUUCAUAUGGACCAACAAUUGUACAAUUGGCACUUGUAACCUUCAGUAGAAGUUUAUUAGCAGCUCAUAAUCAUUAUUGGACUUGGCUCCGAGCUGAUGUUGAAGCAAUAAUUGAUCAGAUGUCUCUAACAAAAACUGUCUCCCCCUCCCUUUCCCCUCUCAAGUAUCUAUCACCUGAGAUACUUCUCAGAUCAUUCCUAGGGUUCUAGUUCCACAGCUUCAGAAGUUUUGUCGUAGUAAAGUCGUUACAUUAUUCACUUUGCUUAGAUCUUAUUUUUCAACUUCUAUUAUUUUCUCACCUUGUUACGUUUACAAAUAUCUACUGCUCCAAAAUGCAGGGCUGUAACAAAUGCAGGUGGGGAUGGAACUGCUGAGAAGCAGAUUUUGGCAAAGCAUUAGGAAAAAGUCUUCUAAUGGUAAGAGCUCUUUGACAGGGGAACCCACUGCCUUAGGAGGUGGUGAACUCUCCUCUACUGGAGAUAAUUAAGCAGAAACUAGAUAGUUAUCUUUCAAGGAUGCUGCAGUUGCAUCCUCCUGAAAAAGCCUUUUAAAACAAUUCUCCACCAAUUAAUAAGAGAAGGAACCACAUUUGAAAAUUAUAUUUAAAAGGUUUAGUAAAGUAGAUUUGAAAAAGAAAAAAACACCAAAGAAAAGGGAGAUAAAUCCUUACGGAUAGAACACAGGCUUUUUGCUGCAGGUAUUUAUCUUCUGAGAUGGUCAAGGUGUGUUUUAUCAGCCUCCGUCCUCUCAUUCUAUAUUUUGCAGCCUUCUCAAGUGCCUGUACUUCCUAAAGUUCAUUUGAUUUCCACAGCUGGGCUUCCUUUUAAGAGCAAGCAGGUGGGGAGACUGCCUACUGUGUGCCUGAAAACUGUUUAUUUGUUUUUAAAGUGAUGCCUUUUUUACUUCUAAAGAAAUAAUCAGAGAUAUAUAUAUUUUUUAAGAUUAGAGGAAGCUCUUCCAUUUAAGACAAAAAUCAGGAAGUGUACUGAUGUCUGCAGCCAACUUCCCCAGCUUCACAAGUGUCAGUUAAAAGCUAUGGGGAAGAUAUCAUGUGGUAACGAUUCCUAUGAGAUAUUUUGGGGUCAGGAAAUGGAGGCUGCAGAAUCCUGGAGAAAUCUGCAGAAAUCCUAAAGAAAUUCUGAAGUACCUUGAGAACGAUGCAGAAAAAAAUGGAAGCCUCUUUUGCAGGAGAAAGGAAACUUUUGAGAAAUUGGAAUACAAGAUUCAGCAUAAUGCUAUCCUGCGCUGUGGAUUCUGCAUUGAGCAGGCUGGGAGUAAAUGACCUCCAAGAUGGCUGCCGGCUCUUUGAUUUUGUGAUAUUGAAAGGCAGUCACUGGGUCCGACAUCUCUUGUGCUCAGGAUAAGUUUGAAAUUUCUUGUUGUGCAACCGCUUGUAAGUAUAAUGGAAAGAUAAAUAAAUACUAAUAUUAAGUAUUACUUUUGUAGGUGAACGGUAUGUCAUGACGUUCCUGAACGUGCUAAAUUUUGGAGACCAGGGUAAGCAAGACAUUUUUUUACAUCGCCUUGGUUCUUGAAAUUGGGAGAAGCGUUCUUGGCUUACUUACUGUGGCUUGUUUGCAGCAACCAGCAUGCUUUCAUGUUCUCCUUUAAACCACAGUUUAUUCAUGUGAAUAAGGCCAGCAAAUGGUAAUCUGAUUCCACAUUCAUUUAGAAAUGUGGUACGUCUGCAGAUGAAUGGCUAUAAAAUAAGUGCAAAGGCGGCAGCUUUCUUUUUAAUUUGAAUAUGGAAAUGCAUUUAAUUAUGUUUGGAACUUUAAAAGUGAUUUACCUCUUCUGCCAGUGCAGGGCUGUCCAACUUCCAAGAAACUGGCAGUGAUCUACCCAUUGUUGAGCUGUUUUUUUGGAAAAGCUUCAUCAAAGUUGUUGAGCUAUUUGAGGGGAGGAUGAGCCAAAGUUGUUGGAUCGACCAAGGGCAUCCCGCGAUCGACCGGUAGAUUGACCUCUUGGACACCCCUGUGCUAGUGGAAGCCAGCACUAGGACUCUUGCUAGUGCAAUAGGACUUUCCACCAUUCUACCCCCAUGUGCCCUUCACACCACCCUCAGCUCCACUCUGGAGGGCCAGGAGAACCCUCAGAACAAUGCACGGGGGGCGGAAAGAGUCGGGAAAUUGUUUUGUUGGGCAAGUAGAAAUGUUUGCACUGGAACGGUUGCCUUAGUGCUGCAUCCAUUUAAUUUUUCCCCCUCCUUCUUUUAAACCAAGCAAUAAUUUUACUAUUAAACACUUAAUUAGAUGUUUCUGUUUAUUUAUAAAGGAGUGUAUGACAUAGUGAACAACCUUGGUUCUCUGACGGCUCGAUUUAUAUUUUUGCCAAUAGAGGAGAGUUUUUAUGUUUACUUUGCUAAGGUUCUGGAACGCGGAAAAGAUACCAGGUUUCAAAAACAGGUAAAUUAGUCUUAUUGUUCAGUAGUCUGAAAAUGUACAUUUAAAGCGAAGGAUAAAUAACGUUUACUGAUUUAAAAUAAGUAUAUGCCAACUUUCACUGGGCAUUUUACACAAAUAGAAUAAUUCCUGGGGUUGGAGCCAAUGUUGUUGAUGGGGAGGAGGCUAUUUUCCCCUGCUUGCCCCUUUUCUUCACUUCCAAAACAUCCCACACUGUUCUGAUGGGUCCUCUCUACCAGAUUUGGGGAUGUGAUGGGGGCUGCAGAGGGGAGGGUGAAUAUAUGGGGGGACGACCUUUUGUUUUCUGCUGACAGAAGCCUCCUCUAAACUAAGAAGUUUUCUGUUAUCAGGGUACCAUUGGAUAAAAUCCUUUCAAAAUACUAGGUUUGACAGAUAAUUAUGGGGGAUGAAGUGAGAAUAAAAGUUAACUGUGCAGGCAUUAUCAGAGAUAAGUAGAUGGUAAGGUUAUGUCUGUUGUCUUAUUUGUUUCAUUUUUUAAGAAUGGUUUUUAAUACUUUUUUUUCUUCAUAAGUAGCCUUGAGUAAGAUGUAUCAUAGAACGAGUAUGCAUGUUGAAAUAAAUAAAUAAAUAACUAAAAAUAAUGUGUUGUAUUCAGUGAAUAUCUACUCACAGUAGAACUGUUGAAAUUAAAUGUUGGUUGAGUACAAACCAGUAAAUUUAAAUAAUGCCGUGGUCCUGGUGUGUGUAUUUGUCAAUCUACUGAAAUUAUAUGGUUGGAGGGGUCUAUGGUUUAAAAGAAGGACUUGGGGCAACUGAAGAAUGUGUAUUUGAAUGGGACUUACUGUGGUUAGGAGUGAGCUAUUAGUGUCUAAAGAGACGCUGUGCCUAUUUUUAGUAGAGAAGCUAAGGUAAGCUCAUAUAUCUCACAGGAGGGUAUUGUAAAUAAAGUAUUAGAUGAGUUCAGGAUCAAACGCUCUCGUUAAGCAUAGUUUUAGUUCAGGAACUAUAUUCUAUAUCAUACAGUAUGAUCCCCUUUUUUAUAUUAUUAUUAUUUUCUGCAGAGGUAGAAGUUGCAUACUGUUGUGUAAUUUACCAGAAGUGUUAGUGUUCUUGGUUUUCUCUGAUGCAUUAGAAGCUAGUUUUUGUCAACCUGUUUCCUUUGUCACAGCAGAUUCUCAGGCAUUUCCUGAUCUUCUAUUUAAUGAAGGGUUUUGUGCAGAUUAAUUAAGUUCUGUCUGGAACUUGUAGCACAUUUGAUAUAUAAAUAUGGCUACUAUUGAAUAUGUUCAUACUUCUAGACACAAAUAGUCUACAAUUAUUAUUGAAAAUUAUUAUAAUUUGCCUUUAACUAGCCAAGUAAAAAUAGUGAAUUGUAAAAUCUAAUUAUUCCACAUAUAAGUUUAACACAGUAAUCUGGCAUAUGUUGUUUUGUUUUGCCUAUUAAAUGAAUGCAAUUCUUUUUUAGGAUGAUAUCUCCAUGGCAGCAGCUGUAUUAGAAUCACUGUUGAAACUAGUGCUUCUGAUUGGCCUAACUAUUACAGUUUUUGGUUAUGCAUAUUCCCAGUUGGCACUGGAUCUUUAUGGAGGUUCAAUGCUCAGUUUGGGAUCAGGUAAUGUCACAUCGCAGCUGCCUUUCUGAAAAGUAGCUUCAUAAGCAUCAAACAUUUUGUGGAAGCCUCCUCAGUUUGCUUUUCAUACAUGAAAGUACUAUAUCCACAUGGAAUAACUAACACAGAGAAUCCGAUCCAUUCGCAUUGCAUGCCCUACGAUGUCUGUUUCAGAAACGGGGCUUCUCCUUGUGUUCGGAAAUUUCAUUAUGUAUAGAGCAAUAUAGGAUGGUUGCAGUAUGACAUUUUGCAUGUCACUUUUAGUGCUGAGAGAAACAGGACAUCUCUUUUCAGCAGUGUUAAUCAUUGUAUUCUUGAGUACUUAGCCCUCUUGAAGAUAGUAAUCACUACAAUAUUGGGAUAUAAAUGUUUAAAAGCUCUAAAAAGAAGAUAAGAUGGAUUCCUCAAAAAAUUGAUCCAAUACUGAUUAAUAGAGGAACGUUCAUUUUAUAUAUUAUAUGCUGCUUCUCAGCAGUCUUAGGUCAGGCUUCCUGGCAUGCAGUUUGAGCUGUGUGGUUUUAAAAAUUAUCAGUAGAACAGUUAACUGGAAAUAAUCAGCAGCUACAUUCAUUUAUUUAUCCAGAUAAACAUGCAUAAGAUCAAUCUGUAUUAGCAAAGCUGCUAUAUUGUCUUCAAAAAGGCCUUUGAAACUGUGUGGCAGGGUUCCUAGUAAGAAUUGUUGUCCUGUUCCAGUUAGGGGCGCGAACUCGUUUCAGAGAAAUCGUGAACCCAGACUGAAUCAGGCUGCUUUGGAGAGAUUUGGUAGCUGUUUGAAGCAAAGCAGAAGCCCUUCAGAUUGCUUUUAAGCUAAUCAGACUGUUCCUGACCAUCCAGGCCUAAUUCAGAGGCACAUAGACACUGGGUCUUUUAAAAUUAAUACUUUCCCCCCAUAUAAGCUUCCCAUAUAAGCAAAAUGCCAGGGAGGGAAGGAGGAGGAGCUUUGAGAUUGAUAGCACUAUCAAAAAAUAGAGAAGUAAAUAAAAUUUCUAUCUCACCCUUCUUCCCAAAGGAGCAGAUCCCAUCUUCACUCUUCCAAUAUCAAAUUUAAAUGUGACUACUCAUCCCCUGUGCAUUUCACCAAUUUCCCCGUGACAUAUCUCUUCUCUCUCUCUCUCUCUCUCUCUCUCACACACACACACGCACACACUCACUCUCUGUUAAGCAAACUCAAAACUUAAAGUUUACUUGCACAAACAUCCCUGCACCUAUUUUUUCUGAUAUUUUGUAGGCUUCAUCCACUCACAAACUGCUACUGUUUCUGUCAGUUUCAUCCUAUUCUGUAAAAAAAGCAAAUAAGCUGUCACUGCUUAUUGAUUCUCCCAUUAUAGUCAAUGGGAUGGCAUGAAGCUUCACGUUUUCUAAAGUGAAGUUCUGAUUCAGCUACAAAGUGAAGAGUGUCCUCCAAAGCAGUCUGAACUGAAUUGACUCACUUCUUGAAGUGGCAUUGAGAUUGAAUUUUGUAUUUGGUGCAUGCCCCUAGUUUCAGUCAGAAUUGGGUACAGUGGUAUCAGAUGGAAUAUACUUUUUGUGCUUCCAUUAUUUAUUUCAAUAAAGUACCCAUCUAGAAGUGAUAAUUCAUCAUGGUUGAAGUGAAAAGAGAGGAGGCCAUGUGUCCAUUUGAAUUGUGAGACCAGGUGACUGAGUGGAAGGUAACAAAGCAGAAGAAAGGAAGGUCUUCUUCCUCUCUUGAACAUAUAUUGAAUUUUGCAGAUGCCAAGAGUGAUAUGGGGAUGGGGAAAGAAAUGAAGGAGCUCUCCAAAGUAUUGGGGUAAUAAAUUACUCCAGUCUCCCUCAUAUUGGUUGGAUAAAUGCAACAAAAAAGGCCAAAUUUUCUAGACUGGGUCUUAGAACUGCUUGUCAUAACACACCAGAAGAGUGGCAACAACCCUGGACAAAAUUCUAAAUGUUGUCCGUGACUUAGUACAAAAUGUUUUACUGUAGGUGAUUUCCGACUAAGUCAUGCUCAGAGUAUGAAAACAAAUGGACCUUCUCAGAGUAUUACUAACAUUGGAUAUUGGCCAUUGUGCCUUGCUGCUCAAGUAACAGUAGGGAUAUAUUUUGUUCUGAACAUGAUUUUUUUUAAAAAAAAUUACAUUAAUUGCAAGUUGACAGUCUGAUGCUGUUAUAAUUCAUUAAUGACAUGUUAAAUUGCAUUAAUGCACAGAUCUCAGCAAUGAGGGGUUUCAUUUUACUAAUCUUCUUGUCAUAAUAUUUUCUCAGGGCCAAGUCUCCUGCGUUGCUAUAGUUUAUAUGUCUUGCUGCUUGCUGUUAAUGGGGUAACAGAAUGUUUUACAUUUGCUUCAAUGUGUAAAGAAGAAGUGGACAGGUGAGUUUAAAAAGGCCAUAGUUCCAUACUAUUAUUUAGCUUUUCUUUGAUUUCAUGUAACUUUGUAUGAGGAUAUUUUAUAUAGUAUACACCUCAGAAUAAUGUGCCUGAUAACUGCUUGAUGUGUCCCAUUGCUAGAAAAUGUAAUGAUAUGAGGAAUAAGCGCUUACAUUUGAAUAUCUUACGUGGUUGGGAAUCCUGGGUACCUUCUGAAGGGUGUUGGUUAUGAUUCUUGAAUAGGUAUUUCUCUGAAAUCGAAUGCAUAUAUUCUGUUCUUUCUGUUUCAGAGCUACUUAUCUUUUUUAUGACUAGACUCUCCCAUUCUUGCUUAACUGAUAGUUCAGACUUGUCCACUGUCAUAGGAAAUGGGAUUUAAAGUGAUGCAUUCUAUAAAAAGCAUUGAAAGAAUUCAGUAGGUACUAAAAAAAAUUCCUAUGUUCAAAUAAUAAUAUACUUUCAAGUAUAUGUACUUACAGAUCUAGAUGUGUGCUUAUUAUUACAAGAGAGAAUGUUGUUGCAUUCAGGUCCUGUUUGUAGGUUUGCCAUAGUUGGCCACUGUGAGAACAGAGUGUUGGAUUAAAUGGGCCUCUGCUCUGAUCCAGCGGAUUCUCCUUACGUACUUAGAUUAUUAUUAUUCUUUAUUGAAUUUAUAUACCGCCCUAUACCCAGAGGUCUCGGGGCAGUUCACAUAAUAAAAUCAAAAUAUAAAACCACAAAACACAUAAUAAAAAUAAAAACAACCAACCCAAUUGUAAUGAUCUCUGGCAGGCAAGCAAGCCUAAUAAGAAGUAAUGACUCUCUGGCAGUUUUAUGUACGUUAACAAAAAGACACAUCCAGAACAUGGUUUCUUGCCUGCUCGCACUGAUGAUAGUUGGUCAGUCUGAAUCAUUGCCCCUCCCACAGCAGGAAGGACGCCAAACUCCCACCUUUCCCCUCUUGCCCUUCCGUUGCCCUCUUAUCCAGUCUCCUCUUAUCCAGAAAAGGGACUGAGAGGCUGCCCUCUGCACUUUCACUUGACACAGUCUCAGACCUCUGCUUAUCUGCUGAUUGCCUAGCAGUUCUCUGGCUGCCUUCCAGCUCUUCCUCUUCUUGAGAGCUAACAGUGUCUUCCUCUGGAAGGGUAGUCGAACUGCCCUUUCUCGACUGUCAGCCAGUUCUCAUCGACAGUCUGUCCCUCUUAGCUCAAUUUCUGAGUCUGACUCUUCUGUGCACUGGUGAGCCACGUUCCUGACACCAAUAAAGCCCCACCCCCAAACCCACCACAUUUUAAAAGGACAUAGGAUCUCAAUCAAAUCAACCAAAGGCCUGGUUAAAAAGGAACAUUUUUGCCAGGCACUUAAAGGUGUAUAAUGAAGGCACCAGGUGAACUUCUCUGGGGAGAGCAUUCCACAGAUGGAGCCACUGCAGAGUAGGCCCAUUCUUGUGUUGCCAUCUUCUGGACCUCUCAAGGAGGAGGCACACAAAUAAGAGCUUCAGAAGAUGAUCUCAGGGUCUGGGUAGGUUCAUAUGGAAAAAGGUGGUCCUUGAGUUAGCUUCUAUCUGACACAGCUGCAUAUUACUGGAGGGCACAGGUAGAUAAGAGCACCUAUAAAGCUUGUGACAUAGUUUCCUGGAGAGCCAGUGUGGUGUAGUGGUUAAGAGCGGUGGACUCAUAAUCUGGUGAACUGGGUUCGCUUCCCCGCUCCUCCACGUGCAGCUGCUGGGUGACUUUGGGCUAGUCACACUUCUUAAAGUCUCUCAGCCUCACUCACCUCACAGGGUGUUGGUUGUGGGGGAGGAAGGGAAAGGAGAUUGUUAGCCGCUUUGAGACUCACUACCCUGAUAAAGCGGGAUAUCAAAUCCAACCUCCUCUUCUUCUUGUGGUUGGCCUCAUUGUGAGCCAUCUCUUCAGUGCAGCUCUUCAGUGUGUAGAUUCUAAUGCCAUGCUCUACAGAUGUCUGUUUGCUUGGGGUACCUUCUGUGCUGCAGUAGCUGAAGGAUCUUUUAAGUCCCAUCUAUCUUUAUAGAAAUCUCACAUUGCUGAAAACAAAUGUUGAGCACCAUGCUGUUUUGAGAUUUUGAGUUACAUAUUUAGGGUAAUGCAAUGUACUUUGCUGGCCACUGUCACUGCAACUGAGAGAGUGAGAGAGAGGUUUUUUUGUUAUUUCAUUUUAAAUUUGCUUUUCCCCCAAGUACAAUGCACUUUUAAGGCUGUGGAUUUGUAAGAUGUGAUUAAUUGGAAACUACAGCACCAGCAAAUGUAUCCUCUAGUGAAAGAGAGCAUCCUUGAAGAUGCUCAUUACAGCAUUCUAGACGAAGAUCAGUACAAUGUUGACUUAUCCUCAUUUAUCAUUUUCAUGAAUUAGUUAUUAGCUCACAUUUCCUUUACAUGUGUGUCUUUGUGAACUAAUGAAGCCGUCUGACGUAGUACAACUGUGUGUCAAGUAGAGAUAUGAACUCAUUUGGAAUAAAGUUUGGGAUAAUAUGCAGGGAUCUUGUGUCUUGGGGAAAUAUUUCUGCAAGUUAAAUGUAAAUGGAGAGGGGGAAGACGAUGUUCUGAACUAUCAUAGAAUUGUAGAAUUGACAGGGACCCUGAGGGGCAUCUAGUUCCAUCCCCUUGCAAUGCAGGAAUCUGAACUAAAGCAUCCCCGACAGAUGGUCCUCUGCUUACUUUCGUUUUGGGACAUCCCAAGAUACCAUUAUAAGCCUGUAACCACAGAGCAGAAAAAUAAAUAUUGAGAGACAGUAAUUUUAAGACCCUUGUCCUGCUCUUCAACAUAAUCAGUGUUACUUUGAUACUAGCUGCUCUAGUUAUCACAUGUGUAAUCUCACUGAUAAACAAUGUUCUCAAGAAUUUAUGAGCACCUUCUUUUAGAAAUAAAACUUUGUAGCUAUUUAACUGAAGAAAUCUUUAAUGCUGAAAUGAGAAGAGAUACCAAAUAACCAUUUAAAUAUACACUUGAGGUGUACAUUUUUAGGCUCCAACAUAUGUAUUUAUGUGAUUAGGAGUUGUUUUAAACUGUCUUUAAUAUUGGGUUUUUAAUGUUGUUUGUGGUGAGUGCUGUGGCCUGGACAGAUUCCCAGGAACCUGACAGAGUUCCAUGGAGGGCCACAGUCAGACUCCAGGCCUAGGGUUCCACAACCUUGUUUUAGAAUUAGAAACCCCAGGUUUAUGUGCCUAUCUUUCCCCUCCCCCUUUCUCUGAGGUAGGCAGGAGGAGAUCAGAACUUACUGCUUUUUUUCAGUUAAAAGUAGUUUGUUUUAUCUAAACUCAAAAUCAUGUUUAAUCUUAACAAUGGUAUGUUUACCUGCCAUUCACCUGAUGUCACAUAACGUCAAGUGAUUCAGCUUGAAAGGAGUGCACAAGCAUGUAUUCCCAGUUCUUCCUUUCCAGCUAUAAUGCAGCACUUUUAAAGUUGGCAAGUCUUUCUGUGGCAGCAGGUGCCCAAAUUUACCCCUUCUCUGAAAGAACAACUACCAAGUUGGGGAGUGCAGUAUUAAAAAUAUAUAUAUAUAUCAGUGUACUUCUCAUGUUUAUAAAGCAAAUUUUGUAAAAACAUAAUUAUAUUUAAAAACAGCUUAUUGUGUCACUAAAAUAAACAAACACGAAGCCCUUUGUAACAAUAUUAGAUGUGUUUUGACUUAGAUGUGUUUUGACCAUUACUUGUUAAUCUACAUCUUCAGUGUCACAAUAAUCACAAGUUCAUAUAUAAAAAUAUUGAAAGUAAUAUCCUGCCUCUUUGCCCAAUAUAGUAUAAUAACAUCAACGGUAUAACAGUGGUUAUAUUUGUAAAGUAGACAGAAAUGGAAUGUUCAAGGUAUUAUGAUUAUGAAGAGCAGGCGGAAGAGAUUGAAUCUCUCUCUUUCUCUCUUACUAUGUCUGGGGCACUGCUGCUUUUGCUCAGAUGGAUAAGUUGUCUGGUUAAAGAGGCUAGGGGGAAAGUGGACAACUUUUGAAUGUCAUAUUAGUUCAGAAAAUAAGCCAAUCUAUUUCUAAUUUGGGGGUGGGGCUGGUGGCAGGUAGCUCAGCUUACUUACUGAGCCAAUGCUUGGGAGUUGAUCCAUCUCUAUUGUUAUUUUCAUAUUGCAGAUAGGAAGCUGGUAUAUAGUAGCUCAUCUAUGGCUAUCCAUUGAGUUAAUAGAUACAGGAAGAUUUUUAUUGGUGACUUGCUGAUGAGUCAUAAACAAAUCUCUUUAACUACUAACAAUUGAGAUUUAACAUAUAUGCUACCAGAUAUAGGUCUGCUGCUCUUUACCAUUGAUAAUGAAUUUUCCUCCUCCAUCCCAUUCAUCUUAGAAAGCAAAUUGUCAGGCUUGUAAAAGAUGAAUACUGAAACCAUACAAACUGUUCCUUUUUUGUUUUGUUUUUAGGUACAAUUUUGUCAUGCUCGCUUUGUCUUUGGUUUUUCUGUGCAUGUCCUAUUUCUUGACCUAUUGGCAAGGCAGCAUAGGAUUCAUCUUUGCAAACUGCUUCAACAUGGGGAUCCGAAUCGCACACAGCAUUCGCUACAUCCACAACUAUUUUGCACAGAGCCCUUACAAGCCUUUAAAGGGCCUCCUUAUAUCACCGUUGCUGUUGGUUGUUUAUGUCAUCUGCGGAGUGGCCAUGGGCUUUUCAGAGGUGAGUAGUACUUUUUCUUUGUGCUUUUGUUCUGCCAGAACAAGUGAAUAAAGUAGUCCUUUUUUUGCUAUUAAGUAACCCGCAAGUUAGUUCCGGUUUAUGAUGUACACAGAGCAUAUCUACAGAUAUGCAUAAGAUAUUGAAACAUACCCACAUGUAGAGAAUUAAUUUUUUAAAGCUUUGAAAUGUUAUUUCUUUCUUUGUGUUAUUUAUUUAUUUAAAAAGUUUCUCCAGCGCUUCUCACUCAGUUUAUCAUAGCAGUGCACAACUUAUUUUUAUGCACACACAAAAAUAUAAAACUCAUAAAGGUGCAGCAAUCAGUAGACAUGAAUGAGUGAGCUGAUGAUUCAAAUGCUUGGGUGAAUAAAAUUGCUGGUGGAAACAUGAAUGAAGGUGCUAAUGAACAGUCUCUGAGGGAACACCAUUCCGUAAAACAGAGUGACAGAAGUUUGCAGAACCUAAACUAGCUUUUAUGUGAUUGUUUGGCCUACCUAAACUAUCUUAUAAACACAGGGAGGCUUUACUGGGUUUUAGUUUUCACAUUACUGUGAAGAGAAUUACCGGGUCUGUCUUAUCUCUGAAUUGGAGCAUGAACCGUAACUUAAAAUAAUAUAUUUCUUAAAACAGUAAGUUAACAUUCUGUCUUUCUUUCUUCGUAGGUGUUCCUGUGCUGUGAUAAAGGGUGGCUGGCCAGGUUAAUUCACGUUGCUGUGGGAGCACUGUGUUUUACAGCAACUCUUGCCACCAUAUUCUUCACAGAGACCAAGCUGAUCCAUUUUGUUAGGAAACACAUUUUGUCAAGAUAUACCAAAGAAGUGCUAAAAUAAUCGUGUACAAGCUAAUUUCUGUACAGUGGUACCUCUAGAUGUGAAUGGGAUCCGUUCCGGAGCCCCGUUCGCAUCUAGAAGCAAAUGUAACCCGUGGCCACGGGUCAUGUUUUGGUGGUGCUGUGCAUGUGCGUGACAUCAUUUUGAGUGUCUGCGCAUGCGCAAGCGGCGAAACCCGGAAGUAACACGCUCCGUUACUUCCGGGUUGCCGCGGAGCACAACUUGAACGCGCUCAUCCCGAAGCACAUUCAACCCGAGGUAUGACUGUAUAUGAAAUGUAUAUAUUUGCUAUGGAGGAGAUAUACGGAGAAUUAAAUACGUAACUACUAUAAUAUACAGGUGAUACUGUCCAUUAAAUGUACACAACUGGUAACAAGGUAAUUCACAGCAAUUUAAGCUGAUACAUUUGUUCAGAACUCCAAAAUUAUACCCGUGGCAAGCAACUUGGUAAGUUUACAGUGGAAGGUUACUGCUGCCCGGUAUAUGAAUGCAAAUAUUACGCAUAAUCCUCACUUGCGGAAGCUAGUAGCUGGAAAGUACUGGGCAUUACUCUUGUGAUGCUACACUAAUGUCAUAUUGAACUGUAAUAUACUUUAGAGACUGGAGGUGCACAUCACCUGACUGCUUCUUAACUCUUGACAGUUAGUUUACUCCCAAAUUUUAUUCUAAUCCCAAGACACAAAAAUAGUUAAGUACACUGGAGUCCAGCUAUUUGCACUGGCCGGGGCGGAAGGUUUUUUUUGGGGGGGGAGGAGGUGGAUUUUGCUGUGGCAGCAUGAGGCUGGUGCAGCAGAGAGAUUGGAUUAGGCCUAUUUCUGGUAACAAACCAGAAUGCCCCAUUUGAGAGGUAUAUGCUGCUGGUGUCUUUUGCUUACCUGCAGUUUAGGUGGGCCCAGCCAGGAGUUUGAGAGAGGUGGCGGCCCCCAUGCCAGGACAACCAUGCAGAACAUGGUGAAUGGGACAGCUCUGCCUCAUCAAAACACCCUUCAGUUUGCUGGAUUGCUGUGUUUAAUAGGUAGUUUGUCUGAAAUGUCAUGUAGCCAUGCAAAAUUGUUGUUGGACUAUGGCGCAUUUUAGGAUUGAAUUGCUUUACUUUAUUGUGCCUGAGCCUGGAAGGCACUAUAAAAGAAUUUAAAUUAAUUUUUUUGCUGCCCUUAUAAGAUUAUUGUAAUCUAGACAAGCAUCUCUGGCCCCUGUAAAAAGUGCUAUUUGUAGCACAUAGCAGCAAACCCCUUAACUACUUUGGGACCUCUGAAGGAAAUGAGAUAUUUUUUUCCAUGUAUUCUAUAUAUCAUGAUUUACCAGUAAUUCUUAAAACAGUUGUUAGUAAAAAUGGAUAGAAGAGGCAUAAAAAAAGCAUAGGAGAGUUUUCUUCGUUUAAAAUCAGGAUUUUCAUAUAUUGAUGCCUUAACUAUUUUAAAAAUAGUUUUGAGGGCUGCUGUAAGCUAAUGUUUUGAAAGCCUUAUAGGGGAACAGGAAGAUUAUCUGGAGAAUUGGUAAAAACAAAAGCCAGGAUACAGUAUUACAAGAAUAUAUAUGGACAAAUAAGGUUUGUUGUCAGUAAAACUGAAACUUGAAAAGUAUUAAGAACAUAACUGUUUACUAUAAACAUCUCUUAUUUUGUUUAACGCAAACAAAUCAAGCCUAAAAGCGACUGUUCCUAUUUCCUUCAGCUUGAGGUAUUGCAAUGUAUAGGAUUGCACUAUAAAGGCCUCAUCACACCUAAAUUUUGAACAAGACUAUAACAAGUGUGUGUGUGUGUGAUAUGGUAAGAGUGUCAGCUGAAUCAUAUUCUGCAGUAUAAUGAGACUAUGGUUGAGGAAGUAUGUUCUAUGAUUUACAAUUAGAAAAUGGUUCAGCUGUGUUUUGAAAACUGGACAUGUAGGAGACAUAAUUUGAGGGUGGUCCAUACAAAAUUUGGGGGAAAUUAUUAUUAUUAUGAAUGAGUUAAACAUUUGCUAAGAGAGUAGCAUGUUGACAGAUGCUGUGCAUUUUUCUUUUAUGGACUAUGCUAGGGUAUUUUUUAAAAAUAACCAUUUUUACUGCAUCUUGUACUGUGGAAAUGGUUUGUUGUGUUAGUUUAAGGGGCACAUCUAGUAUGUGCUGUUUUGACAAAUAGUACUUUUGGUAUGUAGUUUUUUUUCUUAUUGAAGAGACAUUUUUCUGGCCAAUGUUAGUCAAUAGACUUGAUUUUUCUGCUGUUGCCAGGUAACAGUUUUUGGCCAAUCUUAGCCUCAGGAAGUACAGAAGCUUGCUGUUGCUAGGCGAGAUUCACACAGACCAGGCCUCAGCCUUGAAGAGUUGUCCAAAAUGUUAACAGUUAAAGCAAAAGGUUGUUUAAUUGAAUGUAUUUUUUAUAAUAUACAUUUUCUAGCAUGUUCAUGAAAUGUUCCGUGGAAUCAGGAUUGACUUCUGUUCUCUGCUCAUAAGUAUGCAUACAUUGCCAAUUCACUGUUUCAAAAAAUGUCAGAAACAAAUUAAAAGGUUUCUAUAGAGUCAAUGCCUUUUUCUAGUUAAAUGUAUAAUUUGUCUCCAGAGUUUGCAACUGUUUGUUAUCUGUAUGGCAGGGAUAUACAUUUAAUAAUGCAGUAAAGUUGUAGGGGGCCAAAACAUACCUGUGAUUGUAAGCUGUGAUUAAUGAAAGCGAAUGGGUCUGUUCCUUUUUUGUUGUUGGUUAAAAUUGUCUGUCUAUUGGGUUGCUGGAUUUUAGAAAAUCUGCAUUCCUUUCACUGUAAUGCUAAACACACUACUGAGCAGGCUUUGUUGAAUGCCAUGGGAUAUACCUCUGGAGAAACGUGCUUAAGACUGUGAUGCAGGACCCAAAAUGAGUAAAAAAAAUUUUUUUAAAAAAAAUUUAAUGUUAAAAUUAAAUAAGUCCUUAAAUUUGUACUUCUGAAAGAAAAACAUCUUUGGUUGCUAACUUGGGUGUGUGUGAAUGUAAAAGUGCUAGCGGAAAGCACACUCGGUAGCAAAUGUCAAUCAACUUGUGAGGCAGUUGCUAAAUGUAUGGUGUUGAAAGAUGCUUUCUUCAUUGCUAUCUUUGACCCAUUGACUCAUUUGCAGGCACACUCUUGAUUCUGCCUUGUAGGGUCAUGUGUAGGCACUGCACGAGUUGUAAUUUUGAUUAAUUUUCACAUGUAAUCUUACCUACAAAAAUUCAUACCACAGCAAAUACGUAUCCUACAAGAUAGACUAAACAACACAAAUUGCCUCUCUGGAAUUAGUUUUAACAUUUCUCCAAAGUUUGAUAUAAUCUGAAUAUGUAUUAUUGAAGCUCUGCCUUAUAAAACAAAAAGUUGGAAUAUUUUAUAUUCCGAAAGUGAAGGCAAGUCUGGUCUAUUUUCUUUCCUGUCUUAAUUUUAUUAUAAUAAAAAAGCAAAUCUUACUCUG